AUGCUCUACUCCACCAUCUUCUUCGCCGCCUCGGCCUUCACUGGCCUCGCCGCCGCCCAGCAGACUGGCAACUACACCAUUGACCCUAACUCCGUCGAUGCCACCACCAGAGCCGAUUGGUGCCGUGCCGAAUUCAACACCUGCAAUGUUCUCUGUGGUGGUAGCGGAUUCAAGGCCAACACUUGCGACCAGGUCAGUACCAUCUUGUCUGCAGUUCCGAGCAUAGUGCUGACUUUGCCUGUAGNNAACGCUCUCACCUAUAGCUGCGUCUGCAACAACGGCCUCACCCCCAACAUGGCCGAGUACGGAAGCACACUCCCCACCUAUGAGUGCGAGGCGUACAAGGGCCAGUGUUAUUCAAACGGUGCCGGCUCCCAGUCCGCCCAGAAGGUGUGCGACCAGAUCACUUGCGCCAGCCAGAGUGCCUCCAACCUUGUCACUUCGUCUGCCUCGGCCACGAGCUCGAGCUCCGCUUCGUCCAGCGGUUCCGGCGCCGCUGCCAGCACUACUUCGGCUAUGGCUAGUGGCUCUCAGACCGCAGCCUCCAGCGCUGCCUCGGCCACCCACACUGGUGCUGCCAACGCUCUCAGCAUCGGCAAUGGCGCUCUUGCUGGCUCCCUGUUCGGUGUCCUCGCCUACGCUCUGUAA